AUGCUGUUAAUAGCUGCAUUACAUGGAAACGUUGGCAGUGAAACUGGGGCACACUUCCUACAAUUUACAAUCGAGAAGUUCAAUAGCAUGUUACCCAAUCUGCAUGGGUACGACGUCGAAGACAAGCAACUGGACAACGUUAUAUUCAUAAUUUGUCACAUGUACACAUUCAAACUUUUCCAUCACGGCCUUAUCUUCGAAAUUCUGCAAAAAUUGACGUUUGAGUUAUGCGAGAAGUCCGUCGAAUGUGUGCUGCUCACUUUGAAGUCAAUAGGUUUUGCGUUACGCAAAGACGAUCCGAUCGCGUUGAAAGAAUUGAUAGCAACACUACAGACGAAAACGAAUGAAGCAUCCGAUGAAUUGAAGAACAACGCCCGUUUAAAGUACAUGCUGGACGUGCUGUUGGUUGUUAAGAACAAUAACGUGAACAAAAUUCCCCAAUACGAUCCAUCGUUGGCUGAACAUCUACGGAAGAUCCUCAAAACGUUGCUGGUCAACGGAAAAUAUGUGACAUCGCUGAACAUUACGUUGGACGAUCUGUUGAAAGCCGAUCAGCGUGAUAAAUGGUGGGUUGUCGGAUCGGCAUGGUCGGGCAAUAUGGACGACAUUGGGGUCGCAAAGACGGUAAAGUCUGGUAAGAAGGAGCAAAUGAAAUUCAGUGAACAGAUGUUGGAACUGGCGAAGAAGCAAAGAAUGAACACGGAUGAUAGGCGGAACGUAUUCUGUGUGCUAAUGACGGCUGAAGACUACAUUGAAGCGUUCGAAAAGCUACAUCAACUGGCGAUUAAGGACCAUCGGGUCAUUGUUACAGUGAUUAUUCAUUGUUGUUUGUCGGAGAAGACUUUCAAUCCUUACUAAGCCGUUCUGCCGCAAAAGUUUUGCGAUGUUGACCGAAAAUAUCAGCUGGCGAUACAAUUUGCUGUUUGGGAUCGCAUCAAAGACAUCAACUCUCACUCGAACAUUCAAAUCAAAAAUCUGGCCCAAUUUUUGAUCUAUCUGAUCGAGCACGGCGGACAGCCAUUAUCCGUUCUGAAGGUGGUUGACUUCGCCGAAUUGGAUAAACCAACGUUGCGUCUCGUCCGUCAAACAGUUCUGGGGCUAUUGCUGAAUCAUGAAGACACCUGCAAACAGGUCUUUCACCGUAUUUCACCCAGCGUCAAAUUGAAGGCAUUCAAAGAGAGCAUUCGUCUGUUCAUGCAACAUUUUCUGCUGAAGGGAGGCAGGAAGAGUGGUGUUACGGAAGAUAAAAUGGAAUUGCUAAAGAAACGCAUAGACAUUGCAGACAAAGCACUUCAGACUGUUGACUCGCUCGUACAAUUUUGAUAAUGUAUUAGCGAAGACGAUGACUGUGAA